UUUGUUUUUUGAGAAACCUAUGAUGUUGUCAUUUAAGAGUAUUUGCACAAUGCAAAAAUAAUUUUAAUUUGAACUUAAAUAUCCUUUAUAGAAGAAAAUUGCACCUGUUUUCAACCAUUUUUUCCGCAAAUUCAACAAAAUUAUGGCGUGUACUGUUGGUGUUUUUUCCCAUAUCUCCUUUUUGAACUAUUUUCUUGACCCUAAAGAUUUUUGGGGAGGCAUAUGCUUGCAGUUUGUUUUCUGCUUUGUAUCAGAUAUAUUAGUUGUCAUACAUCAUGCCUCUGGUUUCCAUAGUUAAUCUUACCAGUGGUUAAUUCUUGGCUAUAAACAGGAUAUUCAGAUCUGUCCACCUAUGAUGCAUUAUUCUACCAUGUGUGUAGAAGGAGCCUAAUGUGGUGUUUGAUUACAUGACUCGUUUUUGCAACUGUGGAACUCCUGUAUGUAUUGAUUUAAAAUGUCAGAAGACUAAAGUACUCUCUAAGGGACCUUGCAAAGCUCGUGACAGGGUGAUGGUUGAUGGAAUAGAAACUCAAACUUCAAACAUGCUGGGAACAGUUGGUGUUAAACUCACUAAUUUUGUAAAUCCUGAGUUAAGAUGGAAGACAGCUACGAAAGGCUUUAGAACUUCUCGUAAAGGGACCAGAGUCUGGGCUAACAGAGUGCUAGUGGAUUCCAGGAGUCCUCAUAGAGACUGGUCAUCUGUUUCUGAAUCAGAGAAGCAUGGUGUAGCUGUUCUUGGGCAACGGUUUGCCAAUAAGGUGCAGCAUGUACCAUUUAAGAAAAGAAGACUUCCAGCUAGGAAUCAAUUCCCUUCUCUAAAACCUAAGCUAAAUAAGACACGGCAUGGUAAAGGUGCUUCAGGUCAAUGCUGUUCUGCAGACUUGGAUUGCCUUCCAGAAGAAGUGACUUUUGAUGAUAAAAUAGUUGCUGUUUUUGGUCCGAAAGGUGUUGAUAACAGUUUGACAAAUGGAAAGCCAUGUAAAUCCAUGUGUGGGAAAAAUCAUUUGGACUUCUCUGGCAUUGCUCUUCUUGCAGCUAUUGCUUGCAGUAGUAUGAUUAAUGAUAUUGGGCAUGCUAAAGAAGAGUCUAUAGCAGAUCAAUCUUCAACUGCAAAGAUAACUGACACUGUUGUGUCUGUGUCAUCUGUAGAUGCAGUCUUGAAAGAACCUGUGACAUCUGUAGAUGCAGUCCUGAAAGAACCCGUGACAUCUGUAGAUGCAGUUGAUGAGUUUGUUGAAAACCCAUCACCUGAACAGAAGCCUUCAGAUGCUCAAGACAUUCCUACAGCUGAGUUGCAGAAAGCUUCUGAUGUUAGUGAUCGUGAGGUGAUAAAUCAAUCCGCUACUGUGAAAUAUGACAGGUUACACUGGGACUUGAACACUGAGAUGGAGGCGUGGGAACAACCCUUUGACGAUGGCUUAAGCUUUCCUGAUGGUGGAAGCCACAGUGAAAGGCUGCAAAAGACGGAAGGUUCAGACAUGUGUGGGGAUCCUGAGCAUUCUCCGGUGCCUCUUGGGCAGUAUCCUGUGGAUAAUGAUAUAAUUUUGGGUAGAAGUUGUCCAUCAACUGAAAUCUUGGAAACGCGUUCUUGUAACAGUGUCAUGCAAACUAGAGAAGAAUAUUCUUUGCACGAUGUUUGUUCUGGUCUUCUAAUUGAAGGAAAAGUCACUAGCGUUGAGGGUGUUAACCUUGAGGAGAAUUUCAGGGAACUUUCUCAUUUCCCUGAUAUACACAGAACAGAGACCUGUCAAACGGUUAAUGUAGAGCAUUCUACGAAUAAGUUAGGCAUUAUGAAUUCUUCUUGUGAAUCACUUGAACAAGGAGGGAACUUGUGUUUAUUGGGCACUACUGGUGGAGAAAUGCAGCUGGGACAUGCUGUAAAUGUUCUGAGCCAAGAGAAUCUAGUAGAUGCUACUCCUGAUGCAUCUCCGAUUGUUUCCUUGCAGUCCAAUAAGUCUCCUGACAAGUCUACGUUGAGUUCUCUUAUUUCCAAUGUAGAGAAUGGCUGCAUGGCUGUUAAUGGGAGGAUGAGUGAGGCUCAGACAGGCUAUGAGUCCUCUUUUGAAGAUGGUGAGCUGAGGGAGGAUUGUAUUUUAUAUCUUGGGGAGGAGAAUGAAGUUGAAAUUGACUCAUUGGACUAUGGGGAUGACGGGGAAGUGGAGCAUAAUGCUUCUAACUUUUUCCCACCUAAAUCUAGUUCUCCUGAAUGCCAAAAUAUGAGGAAGGGGAAUUCUCCGGAGAGUGCUGUGCAAGAUGGAAUAUGUGAUGAUAUGGUGGGACUGACACCAUCAGCUAGCUCAAAUACUAAACAACAGUCAGGACGUGAUCUUCAACUGCCAGAAGGUUGUGAAGCUUCAAGUGGCAGAAGUGUAGCCACAAAUGCUGUCAGCUCAAGUGAUGGUAAAGCCUCUUGUGCAGCAGAGAGUGUACCAAAGGCAUCUGGAGGAAAAAAAUUGUUUCCACACUUGGAAGGACCAUCACGAUCUGAUGUUAUACACUGGAAGGAUGCUGUUUAUGCAAAGCAAACUGGAUCCAGUAAUCUUGAUGAAGCAAGUGCCCUAGCCCUAGAAGAAAGGGAUGCUGGAUCAGACAAGUGCUUCAGGAGAGUGAUUUUGCCAGACAGAGACCACAAAAAUGAUGAUUGUGUUGGUUCUUCGGCAUCCUACUGGGAUUCUAGAAACAACCACUAUUUAACUAGUUAUCAUCAUCCACAAGAGACCGAUGACUACUCCAGGCUAAAUGAUGAAAAACCAAGGGGGUUAAAUUAUCAUGGUCAGAGACAACCUAUAAGUUAUUCCUCUAAAUGCGUUUUCCUCAAGAGAUCACCAAGAAAUGAUAGCAGGAGCAGAAGCCGAGGCAGCAGACCAUCAAUUGUUGGGCAAGGGUUUACCAGAAGCACCAGGAAUGACUUCCCAUGUGCUGCACCUGAUGACCUAGCAUCUGAUAAUCAUUCAUUAUUCUCUGCGCGGAUGGUGCAUAGUAUACCCCAGAGAGAACAACAUUGCAUUUCUCCUGUUCCUUUAAGAGGAACUAACUUUUCUAGAAAUCACAGGAAAUUUAGAUCACGGUCUAGAACUCGAUCUCCCCCUGUAUGGAAUUUUCCAAGGGAAAGAUAUGUUGGAGUCAAGCACCGCAGUAGGUCACCAGAUUUAAGGUUUGAAGCCAGAAUGGAGAGGACACGGCUCCCUUUUACCAAGUCCAGUUUCACAUCAGACGAGGAAGAUAAUUUCUUGCCGUCUGGUGGUAAACUUUUCUCCAAGUACCAUUCUAAAUGGAAUGAUAGCCGGAAUGAUGAUUCUGAUCGUAUCAGCAGCAGAUCACCUGGAAGAAUGUUUAAGCGGAACCAGAGGUUCAAUUGGGUAGAUUCCAUGGGGAGGACAAAAUUUGAUGAGCAGUUUGGAGGUGGCAUGGUUCGUUCAGGAAGGUUUACUGAUAUGACUGGUAGAGGAAGCAAGUAUGAAAGUUGUGACGAUGAUAGAAGAAAACAUACCGACAAAAAUGGGAUGGUUCAUCGGUUCAGGCGCUAUGACACCAAUGGUUUUGUUAAGAGGGCCCGGAAUGAUGCUGAAGAUUUUGAAGCUUACAACAUUCAUGAUGAAAAUAAAUACAUUAGGAGCCGUGAUGAUAGAAGAGAGAUAAUCAGGAGCACAAGGGAAGAAAGGGGAUCUUUUCGAUGUAGCAGUGGCAGGACAUAUACUUCUGGUCCAAAAUUUUCUGCAAUUCCAGAUUCUUAUGUUGAUGUAUCACCCAGAAAAAGAUGAACUUCUCUGGCUUUGCAAUCAUAAGAUGCCAUUUUUUGUGCAUUGAGCAGCCAUUUAAGGUUUAAACAAGAUUAGUUUUUUCUUCUUCUUUGUCAGUUGAUAGAUAGUAUUUCAGCAUCCUAAUUGGUUUUAAUUAUAAUUUUUAUUUUAAUCUUUUUCCAUAGGCUGAGGUUUACUCAACUAAUUUGAAUUUUUGU